AUGUAUCACUAUCCCACUCCAUCCCAUGGGUGGUCGACCUACGACUACUCCCAGUCGCCGCCCACUUCACCCUACCACGCACAAUAUGCCUCACAGUACGCCAGCUCAUACGCCUCCCCUCGCGGAAGCUCCCGUCGACACACUCGCAAGGCCAGCUACACGGCCACCGCCAAAGAAUCCGGAUAUUAUUCCGGCUACCCUCACACCUACUACGAGGCCACCCCCGAGUAUGGUAUCCCGUCGCGCAAGCACGAUCAUGUAAGUGCUUCCUCUACGGGACCCAAACACCGUCGCGCCCGCACGAUGGGGCCCUCCAUGGGGGAUGGUCAUGGUCCUGGCACCGGCGUCAGAUUUGGCACUCACCCGCAAACCCAGCAGCCCAUCUUUGUGGAUGUGGCUGACGAUUUUGCGGCACCGCGUCGCGCCUCGUUCUACGAGAAGCCAUCGCCCCACGAGUCUCGGUCGUCGCGCCAUGGCCGUCCCCCCGCUGCUGCGGCACAGCCCCCCAUGUCGCCACAGGAUGGCUCCGGCCAGCACCGUCGAACCGCCUCCGCCGCGUAUCGCAAAUCCUCAGCCGCUGAUUCUCAUUUCUAUUUCAACCAGACUCCGAAUGAUGAAGAUCUCGAUGCCGUCCGCCGGUCUCACGCCCGCCGGCAGUCAACUUCAACUCGCACGCCAUCCAAGCCCAAGCCCGCACCGCCCCCUUCCAAGCCGCCACCAGUCGCCACCGAUGAGGAUGCCGAGCGCGCGGGCAUCCCUCCCGGCUACUCUACCAAGAACUGGGAUCCGACCGAAGCACCUAUCAUCCUCCUCGGCAGUGUUUUUGAUGCCAACUCGCUCGGUAAAUGGAUCUACGACUGGACGGUCUUUCACCACGGCGCAUCGACCCCCAUGGCGGACGUCGCGGGCGACCUGUGGCUUCUCCUGAUCAAACUCGCGGGCAAGGUGAAGCGGGCCGACGAGUGCUUGCCCCGAAUCAAGCGUCCCGAAGCCGCAGACAUUGUGGAGGAUUUCUUGGAGAGUGGCGAUCGCUUGUGGAACCGGUUCAAGAAGCUUCUCAAGGCGUGUGAGAUGUUCAUGUGGAAGGCCGCCAAGCGCGAGGGCGGUAAGGGACAGGUGUCGAUGGGGCGCAAUGCUGGCUGUGAAUUUGUCGAUUCGAUCUUUGGCCGUGAUCGCGAACUCGAAAACACCGAGAAGCUGAUGAAUAGCAUUCGACUGUGGAACAUGCGCUUCGACGCCAAUUGUGAGGAGAUCCUGCGUCGCCCCUCCGCCAAAUAA